UCUUGUACAUAUCUCGACCAGGGACCGAACCUACAACCCAGACAUGUGCCCUGACCAGGAAUUGAACCGGUGACCUUUUGCAGUACGACACCCAACCAAUUGAGCCACACCAAUCAGGGCACAAGCUCUUCAAUUCUUAAAUAAAGUGGGAGAGCCCGCUGCAAAAAAGGCCCGCUCCAAUCCUCAGGUGUACAUGGACAUCAAGAUCAGGAACAAGCCAGCCGGCCGCAUCCAGAUGCUCCUGCAUUCUGAUGUUGUUCCCAUGACAACAGGCCUGCUCUCCAUGGCCAACUCCGGCCCCAACACCAACGGCUCCCAGUUCUUCCUGACGUGUGACAAGACGGAUUGGCUGGAUGGCAAGUACAUGGUAUUUGGGGAGAUCACGGAAGGCCUGGAUGUCCUGCGAAAGAUCGAGGCCCAGGGCAGCAAGGACGGGAAGCCGAAGGAGAAGGUGAUCAUCUCCGACUGCGGGGAGUACGUGUGAGAGGCGCUUUCCCUGCGCUGCGCCUGUGGGUCCGGAAUUCGUUCGCCCCGGGGAUCCAGCACAUGUUAAGCAGGGGUCCAUGACCUGGCCCUUCUCAGGGUCAGCGUGGAGCAGCUCCCCUGCAGGCCGGCCUGGGCUUCCCCUGGCUCUUUCCCAAGCGUAGCGGUGGCCCGGGAGCCGGCACAGGGGCCCCCAUCCCCGCCGCGGGUGGCUGGGCGUGGCCUUCGUAGGCCUUUGCCGCCAGGGCCUCUCCUCGGCCCACCGGUGUGGCUGCUGGACGUUUCCUCUGAUAAAGAAAACCCCGGAUCCUGCACUGCUGCCCGCUGGGAAAGGCCGGAGGUCCUCCCCUGCUGCUUGCCCUUCCCUGGCCGUCCUGAGAGCACACCACGCGGGCCACUGUGGAGCCGAGGAGGUCAGAGCAGAUACAGAAGCACCUCUGUCCUCUCUCGUUCCCGGUACCAGAUGCGUGAAUUGGGUUAACCAGACUCUGUUUCUGCCCUCACCCUGCUGGCUCCGAGUCACCUCACAGCGUUUCUCGCGUGCUGAGGCUGAGCACCCGAAACCAUCGGUCCCCAGAAACCACCUCCAGCAUGGCCGCCCGCUCCCCACCGGUAGCUCGGAAUCAAACCUCCACGUUUAGAAACCGCUGGGCUGGGCAUGGCUGGUUCUCGAGUGGGGGUGAGGUCAGGUUGAGCCCGGAGGGGAGUGGAGGGGAGGAGCCUGCUGGCCUGGGGCCCAGUGAUCCUGGCCAGCUCCUGCAGAGGGGCCGGUGCCAGCAUCAGGGGUGGGCUUCAGGUGGGGCUUCUCCCCAGCAGAGACCCUCGCUUUUUAACCUACGUGUCCCUCUCACGGGGAUCAGUCAGGGCUAUCAGGACGGGCAGCAGGGAGGCCAGGGAAAAGGCAGCCAUUUGGGGCCAGUGUGAGGUCCAAGGGAGAAGAGGAUGUGUGCAAAGCACCGAGCGUGGCCGGUCUGUAUGCAACACGCAGGGACAAGCAGGCUGGCCGGAGGCCCCGGGGGGAGGGGGGGUGCUGGUCUCACAACGCUGUGAAACAAGGGGAGAGGUUGUGGGGGGACCUUGUCACUGUCCUUCUCUGGUCGCCCUGGGAGCGUAGGGCCAGCAGACUGGCCAGGAGGCCGCUGGGUAGGGGGCACAGGGUGACGAUCACUCACUGUGCUGGGCAAGGGCUUCCCCUGACCUUGCCCCUGCGUCCACCCAUGACCCUUGUACCGGUGGUGACCUGAGACUCGGGGGGGAGGUGCCAGGCCCAGGCAGUCCAGGCUAGUGGCCUCUGGUGUUGGCACAGGUGUUGGGUGGGGCUCAGAUGGUAGGGUCUUGGGGUACUGCAGCACCCUCGGGAAAGGAAUGGGGGACCUGGUUUGUAAGUGAGACACUGAGACAGAAGUCCAGGCAUGGAAUGCUGCUACAAGUUGUUUUCAAAGAUUGUUUAAUAACAGAUUUUCAGAAUAAAUGGAAUAAGAUCACCAAGCA